AUGAAUCAUGGAGGUAACCAUAACGGACCACCACCAGGAGGUAACCAUAAUGGACCACCACCAGGAGGUAACCACAAUGGGCCACCUCCCGGAAAUAAUGUUAACCCUCCUGUUAGCAUCCAUGGAUGGCUUGCACACUUCCAAAAACAAAAGCCGAAAUCAUUUAGUACUGCUACUACACCAGUUGAGGCGGAAAACUGGAUCGCUCAUAUCGAGAAAUUGUUUGAAGUGUUGGGCGUUGAUGAUGUGUUCAAAGUCAGGCUUGCUACUUAUAAAUUGGAGGACGAUGCUCAUAGGUGGUGGAAGAUCUUGAAAAGUUCUCAUGGAAGAGAUAAUUACGCAGCUACACUCUCAUGGGAGGAGUUUCGCUCAUUAUUUUAUCAGCAGUAUUUCACUGAUGCUGAUCGUAGUGAAUAUCUGAGAGAGUAUUCAUCCAUCAUGCAGAGAAAUGAUGAGCCUAUUAUAGAAUUUAAGAAUCGUUUCUGUCGCUUGCUUAGUUUUCUAGGCCCCGCUGCUGGCACAACAGAGCAGCAGACGAACACUUUUAAAUGGGCUAUAUGUGACCGGGAUAGGAAGUUUAUCCUAAAUCUUCGUUUCAAUGACAUUAAUGAGAUUGUUGAUGUGGUUAAGAACUUGGAUAAUGAUAAGAAGCAUCGUCAGAAGGCGUUUGAUGAUAACCGCAAACGCCCAAGGGAAAAUAAUCAGGAUCACUCUUCUUUUCGCGCUGGAAACAAUCAGUCCUUGGCACCCCGAGACCGUAAACAUCGCUCUGAUAAGAAUUUCAAAAAUCAGUCACGAAAUGGGAGGAAUCGAAAUCAAAAUCAUAAGCCUGCACAGAAUCAAGCACAACAAAAUCAGACCCCCAUUAGAGCACAACAAUCGAAUCGUGAUCCUCCUUGCGCCACUUGCGGGAAACCUCACAAAGUUAUUUGUCGCCGAGCUGAAGGCCUUUGUUUCAAAUGUGGAGAUGCAGGACACAUGAUUAAAGCUUGCCCUCAGCUUGCCCCUAAAGCCAAUACCGGGGGUAAUGCUAGACCUACUGUGGGAGGACGUGUGUUCGCGCUGAUAGCUGAUGACGUAGCAAAUGCUCUAGGUACGGUUUCCGAUUAUUUACGCAUUGGUGAACGUGAUAUCUAUGCCUUGUUUGAUACUGGUGCAACACAUUCGGUGCUCUCUCGGCAUAACGUCUCGAUUGAAUGUCAGACUCGUUGCAUUCUUUUUGGAAAUCCUCACCGUCCUAAAUUCAUUUAUCAAGGGACUCAACCUCGUAAGCCAUUGAAAAUAAUCUCUGCAUUUAAGGCCCAAAAGUUUCUUUCACACGGGUGUGUAGCAUUCCUGGCUUCGAUAAAAGCUACGUCGUCGAAUGAGCCCAACAUCUCUGAUUAUCCAAUUGUCUGUGAGUUUCCUGGUGUCUUUCCUGAAGAGCUACCUGGACUCCCACCAGAUCACGAAGUGGAGUUCACUAUUGAUCUGAUUCCUGGUGCCGAACCGAUUUCUAAAGCACCGUACCGCAUGGCGCCUCUAGAGCUCAAGGAGCUCAAAGAGUAG